AUGUAUAUAACGGCCGUCGCGACUCACAUUGUACCCCUUGCGGCUUUGGCUCCGUGCGCGCAUUGUGGCGCAGAGAACACCUGUCUCUUUCCGUCUACAGCACGCGCGUAUAUAGUGCCUCCUGUCAAGUCUUGUUGGUCCCUUCGUGUCGUCGUGAUCGCCCGCCUUGUUAGGCCGCGUUCUGUGCCGGGUGCUCUCGCCCGCACUCGCGAUCCCAUGCUCGGCUGA